AUGUUCAUGCCUCGCAAAACCCUUCAACGAACACACUCUUCCUCAUCGGUGUCCUCGACAUCUUCCAACUCGUCGACAUCUACCGUCACUUCUAAUGCCAACUCACAAGUAAACGGCGCCUCGAUGCCCGCGGCUGGAGACGCGAACGGGUGGCAGAAUCCGACAUCCCGAAAGCGACCGACCGCGAAGGCGCCAUGGCCCAACGGAAAAUCAGACGAGGCAUCCAACUACCCCAAGGGGCCAGGAGGCCGCGGCCUCAUGGCCGUAAAUGGCAUCAAUGGCACUUCAUCCAUGCCCCAGCAACCGUCGAUACUCGCGCCCCAGAACCAGCUCGUAAACCAAGGCGCUCCCGGCCGUCCCGUCGCCGAUGGUAUACCUCCGCGACAGCCCGUCCUCUGUCUGCUCUCACUCAAUGGCAGCUUCGAGCGCAAGACGAUUUCCGUUCCCUUCUCCCCCGAGACGCUCCGGAUCGGACGGCAAACCAAUGCUAAAACGGUUCCCACCCCGGUCAACGGGUACUUUGACAGCAAGGUCCUGUCGCGGCAGCAUGCGGAGAUAUGGGCCGACACCAACGGCAAGAUCUGGAUCAGAGACGUCAAGUCCUCAAACGGUACAUUCGUUAACGGGACUCGGUUAUCGCCCGAGAAUAGAGAAUCAGAACCGCACGAACUACAAACCCAGGAUCAUCUCGAGCUUGGAAUCGACAUUGUCAGUGAAGACCAAAGGACAGUAGUUCACCACAAAGUUGCUGCCAAGGUCGAGCACGCGGGCUUCAUAACGCCUUCCACAAAUGUGCUGGACAUGAAUUUAGGGGACCUUGAUCCGUCCGGCAAUGGCAUGAUGCUACCCCUAGCUGCCCCGCCAGCUAGAGGAAGAGCUGGCAACCAGCCCUCGACUGCGAAUGCCAACCGUGUGCCGCCUGGCAACAUGGCAGGUCAAGUAAAUACGAUGGCUCAUCAACGACAGUUCUGGCUGAACCCGAUAACGACCGAGCACAUUGUUAAGAAGCUCCAUACUGAAAUGCGCAAUGCGCGGUUGCAGAAUCAAGAUUUGUAUCGGACCAGCCAGUUCAUCAACGCCCUCUUGUCCAAGGAAGACAUUAAGAAUGCCGACAAACCCGAAGUCCCUGAGCCUCCAAAGACUCACUUGCCCAACGGCAACAUCUCGUUUCGAUCGGAUGGUGGCAAGACCCGCUUCUCGGAGCCGCCAGCACCGCCGCCGUCCCAGCCACUCCCCGAAAAGCCCGACGCAGCUCGGCCGGCGUCCUCUGAUGUGCCGUCGUUGAAACGAGCCACGACAGAGCGGCCGAAGCCGGCUGGUACCUCUCCUAUCCGGCAGGACAACAGUCUUAAUCAGAUACUUCUCCUAACCGAAGCGCUUAACAAUGCUAACAGGGAGCUUAGCAAUCACACUGCUAGGGUUCGAGAUCUCGAGGAGAUGUUAAGCAAGGAGCGCGAGGCUCGGUUGCAUGCCGAAGAUAUGAUGCAUAGGAUGGAGGAGAGCAGCCAAUCCAAGAUGAACGGGUCGGCCGAUGCCCCGUUAGUCAACGGCCACUCCGAGCUAGACAAGGCAUUCGACCCUCCGGCGGAACAAGGCCCACCCCCGAGCUCCGAGUCCGCGUCACACCCCGCAGCCCCUGAAUUAGAGACGGCCCCACCUCAGCCGGACAAGGCCGAACUCCUCGCUGCGGCAUUCCAAGCUCGCAUAGACUCUAUGGCGUUGGAAAUGAGCAGCCUGAGGGAGCAACUAGAAGCGUUUAGACUGCGGGCGGAGAAGGCAGAAAGUGAGCGGGACGCCGACCGCAAGACCCUAGCCGAAAUGGUGUUACAGAUACGGCAGCGUGACGAAAAAGAGAAGAAGCAGGCCGCCGAACGCAAGUCACGGUCGGUGUCCAAGGGCCGGCGGCGCCCCCCAAGCCCGGACAGACAUCCGGAGGAGAAGCCGGCUUCAGAGAUGAAUGGCGCCGCCGUGGAGGCGGAAACGCAGACCGGCAGUCCAACAGAAGGAGUCCUCUCCGACAGACCCAACCUCUCGCGGGCCAAUACCAUCAAACCCGGCGGGGGCGCACUGGCCGUCCAGGCGCAGCAAGACUCAGGACUAAUACAAACGCUACCCUAUGCGUCCAUGAUUGGGGUUGUUCUCUUUGGGAUGGGGCUGAUGGCGUACCUCAACGGCUGGCAGCCGCAGCCGAGACUGGACCGUUAG